GGCGGGUCACAGUAGUCCCGCAGUGCUCACAGUGAACGCCGGGAGCCAUCAGCCGGCCGCCUGCGCGCGGGGCUCGCGAGGCACAGCGGGCUCAUCGACCUGGGGUCUCUCAUUGACAGUCACUCAUAAAUCCUUUCUGCUCGUCCACCUCUAGUGUCUAAUUGUCAUUACUUCCAAAUUUAAGUCCUCCCGGAUACGUGCUAGAAAGAAGGUGGAAAUUUGGGGUGUUGGUGUGCUUAGUCAUUCGCUCCCGUAACACGAGUCACUGAACGUGGGGUGAGGGGAUCAGCCCAGACUUCAGGGAACCUAGCAGUGUUUGGGGCAAGCGAUGCUGGGUGUAUAACCAGAGAGCGUUUUUGGGAGUCUCGGGGUGAGCAGGAGGUGACGGAAGGGACUUCUGGUUGUCCCCAGACCCAACACGGAUGAGGGGAGCUGGUUCACGGCCGAGGUUUGCCAGGCUGUGCUGAUGGGCUAGAGAGGAAAGAGGUUUCCGGUUUGGGGGAGCUGGUGGUUGGCACCACACCUAACCAAAUAAGGAAUGUGUGAGGACAGCAGAUGUGGGUACGGGCGAGGGAAGUGGGCCCAAGUGCUGCCCUGGGCCUGUGGCAUUGGCUGGGAUGGAAGUGCCCAGCGGGCCCCUGCAGGCCCAGGGAGACUGGGAAGCAGAGAUGCAGAUGCGGGCGUUGCCGUCCAGCGGACCUGCCAGCCCCAGGAGCUCCUGCAGAAGGCAGAGCUGCCACGCUGAGCUCCCUCACAGACGCCGCUGCAGGGAAGAUUCUUCCGUGUUUUUAAAGGUCUGGUGAGACCCCCCCCUCCCCGCAACCCAGGGGUCACAGUUCACAUGGUGGAUAAGUGCCUCCCACGAUAAGACUGACUUCCUUUCAGAAUCCCGGCCUUAGCAGCUCUGGCUCUUCGUGCUUCCUCUCCGGAGAGAAAGGGCUAGAACCGAGCCUCGAGCGGAUGGGACCCCUAACGCGCAGACCUCUCCUUGCAAACCGUGCUUCUGCCCAGCCGCCGAGGCCCGGCAGCCCCCCGCUGUUAUGAGGGCACCGGAGCCGCGGUCCUCCGUCCCAGAGCCGCUCAGCCAGUGACCGGCGCGCCCUGCGAGCCUCGAGCCCCCCGCGGCCGCUCCUCGUGCUGUCGAAGUGGGCGCCCGCGAUGGAGGGGCUGCUGCACUACAUCAACCCGGCCCACGCCAUCUCCCUGCUGAGCGCCCUCAACGAGGAGCGCCUCAAGGGGCAGCUGUGCGACGUGCUCCUGAUCGUGGGCGACCAGAAGUUCCGAGCGCACAAAAACGUCCUGGCCGCCAGCAGCGAGUACUUCCAGACUUUAUUCACCAGCAAGGACAGCGAGUCCCAGACCGUCUUCCAGCUGGACUUCUGCGAGCCGGACGCUUUCGAUAACGUCCUGAACUACAUUUACUCCUCGUCCCUGUUCGUCGAGAAGAGCAGUCUGGCGGCCGUGCAGGAGCUCGGCUACAGCCUCGGGAUUUCCUUCCUCACCAACAUCGUCUCCAGAACCCCUCAGGCCCCCUUUCCGAUGUGUCCCAACAGGAAGAAAGUAUUCCUCGAGGACGAUGAGAGCAGUUCUCAGAAGAGAAGCGUCAUCGUGUGCCAGAGUAGAAACGAAGCCCAGGGCAAAACCGGGAGUCAGAACCAGCCCGACCUAAGCCACACGGCCCGGCCCUCCCCGAGCGCCGCCGUCAAGACCGGCCCCGGUAAGCCCCACGUCCCCAAACCGGCCGAGCCGCUGGCCGAGAAGGGCUGGCCGAGAGACAGCUCUGUGGGCUUCGCGAAGGCGGCGGAGCGCGCGGGGCCUCUGGAGGACCCCGGCAGAGGCGGGCUGGGGACGCGGAGCGCGCCGCUGUCUUCCAGGCCCCCACAGGACAGGGAGGCCGCGGACGAUAAACUCCCCAAAGGCAAAGCCAUCGAGCUGGCUCUGAAGAGACCGCGGCCGCCGGUGUUGUCCCUCGGAAGCGCGUCGGAGACCCCCUACGUGCUGAAGGAGACGCACAAAGGAGGCGGUCCGGGCGAGGACAGGAACCUGCUGUACUACUCCAAGCUGGGGCUGGUGGUCCCGUCCGGCGGCGCAGGGCCCGGGAAGCCCAGCAUCGACAGGAGCGGCCCGCUCGUCAAGAGUCUGCUCAGACGCUCGUUGUCCAUGGACAGCCAGGUGCCCGUCUACUCGCCCGCCAUCGAGCUCAAGUCUUCCCAGGGGCCCUCUUCGGGGGCGGGCGAGGUGUCGGGGAGUGUGUUCUGUGCCCUGUCUCAGAAGUCGUCUCUGAAGGAGUGCGGGGAGAAGGCGGCCGUCGAGGAGCGGAGCCCCGCGCCCCAGCCGCACCGCCUCAGGUCCUUCAGCGCCUCGCAGUCCACGGACAGGGAGGGCGAGCCGGCCGUGACCGAGGUCCGCAUCAAGACGGAGCCCCGCAGCCCGCUGUCCGACCCCUCUGACAUCAUCCGCGUCACCGUGGGAGACCCGGCCGCCGCCGCCGCCGCCGCCAGGGACCUCUCCCUGAAAACCGAAGACGACCAGAAGGACAUGAGCAGGCUCCCGGCAAAAAGAAGGUUCCAGGCGGACCGGAGGCUGCCGCUGAAGAAGGUGAAGGAGGACGAGCACGGGUCUCCGGCGUCCGAAGACAACUUCGAGGAGGGCUCCAGCCCUCCCCUCCCCGAUGCAGAGUUUCCAGAUUCUGACUUGAACAAAGAUGAAUUCGGUGAGUUGGAGGGAACAAGACCCAACAAAAAAUUUAAGUGCAAACAUUGCCUUAAGAUCUUUAGAUCGACGGCGGGUCUUCACCGGCACGUUAACAUGUACCAUAACCCAGAGAAGCCCUACGCUUGCGACAUCUGUCACAAGCGGUUUCACACCAACUUCAAAGUGUGGACGCACUGUCAGACCCAGCACGGCAUAGUGAAGAACCCGUCACCGGCCUCUAGUUCACAUGCCGUUUUGGAUGAGAAAUUCCAAAGGAAGCUGAUUGACAUAGUGCGAGAGAGAGAGAUUAAGAAGGCCCUGAUCAUUAAGCUGAGGCGCGGCAAGCCUGGCUUUCAGGGCCAGAGUAGCUCCCAGGCCCAGGCCAUCAAGAGGAACCUGCGGUCGCGAGCCAAAGGAGCGUACGUCUGUUCGUACUGCGGAAAGGCCUACCGCUUCCUCUCGCAGUUCAAGCAGCACGUAAAAAUGCACCCGGGAGAGAAGCCCGUUGGCGUCGGGAGGGCCGCCAAGCCCAGAGAGCACGUCUCUCUCGAGAGGCCGGUGGAGAACAAGGAGGUUUACCAGUGCCGCCUCUGUAAUGCUAAGCUCUCUUCUCUCCUAGAGCAAGGAAGCCACGAGCGUUCGUGCAGGAACGCCGCCGUGUGCCCCUACUGCAGCCUCCGGUUCUGCUCGCCCGAGCUGAAGCGGGAGCACGAGGGCGGCUGUGAGUACAAGAGGCUGACGUGCCUCGAGUGCAUGCGCACCUUCAAGUCCUCCUUCAGCAUCUGGCGGCACCAGGUCGAGGUCCAUAACCAGAACACCAUGGCGCCGGCCGAGAACUUCUCCUUACCCGUCCUGGAGCACAACGGGGACGUGGCGGCCGCCGCCAGGCCCCCGGCGCCGCCCGAGCCCCACAGGGCCAACCACGCGGUCGCUGCCAAAGACGACAACCCCUUCAGCGACUGCUCGGAGCAGGUGAACUUCGACUCGGAGGACUCCUCCUGUCUGCCCGAAGACCUCAGCCUCUCCAAGCAGCUCAAGAUCCACGUCAAGGAGGAGCCCGCCGAGGAGGCCGAGGAGGAGGCGCCCGAGGCCCGCGCCGCCGCCAAGGACGCCGGCUCCAGCCAGGACGCCGGCCUGUGGCCCUGCGAGAAGUGCGGCAAGACGUUCACGGCGCACAAGCAGCUGGAGCGGCACCAGGAGCUGCUCUGCUCCGUGAAGCCCUUCAUCUGCCACGUGUGCAGCAAAGCCUUCCGCACCAACUUCCGGCUCUGGAGCCACUUCCAGUCGCACAUGUCUCAGGCCACGGACGACUCGGCGCACAAGGACUCGGAGGCCUGCCCCGCGCCCACCAACUCUCCGUCCCCGCCCCCGCUGCCCCCGCCUCCGCCGCUGCCCAAGAUCCAGCCCCUGGAGCCCGACAGCCCCACGGGAGUGGCCGAAAACCCCGCGCCCGCCGCGGAGAAACUGUUCGUGCCCCAGGAGUCCGACACACUCUUCUACCACGCGCCCCCCCUUUCUGCGAUCACCUUUAAGAGACAGUUCAUGUGUAAACUGUGCCACAGGACAUUCAAGACGGCUUUCAGCCUCUGGAGCCACGAGCAAAGCCACAACUGAAAGGCCGGCCCUCCUUACCUGUCGCGGAAGGGGCGGUGGCCUCCAGAGUGCGACCUUCAUUGGAAAUGGGCAUCAGAAGCGAGAUAUUUUUCAAAAGAGAAAAAUAAAGCUUGGAAAUUGUUACGCUUGAAUAGCAGUUGGAGGUAAAUUGAUACUAAUUAGUGACGAUGUCCUCGCUCAGCCUAGAAGACUAAAGUCUGUCGUGCGUCGGGCGUUUCCGUCACGGGAUGAUUGGACUUCAUUCCUGUUGAAACUUGACUGAUUUCACUUGUUUGCAUGGUUCCUCAUUCCACGGUGUCAGUAUGAUCUUCUCCCGGAGGUGGUCUUGGUUUUUUACUGAUUCACAGUCAGUGAAAUACGGUUCAAGUAUUUCUUUUGAUUCUGUCAUACGCCUAAGUUCUAGUUCAAUCUCGGCCACGUUCCGAAGGCCACGGCGUGUCGGGAGCAAGUGAGUAUAGUUGGCGGCCUCCAGUUAGAUCUUAGGGUACUUUAGCAAUAAAACAAUGAUAAGCCUCAACUUUAUUAAUAAGUUAUCCUGACACUUGAUAACAAUAAAUAUUUGGUAUUUUGUGGUCCUGUAAAAAAUUUUUUUGUAUGAAAACAGUGAGAAAUUUAAAUCAGCAAUAGUAAUAUUUAGAUUUUUACAAAGUAACAAAAGCUUGCUCUUGGGUCAUUUACCAUAACUCAUGAUGGAAGAUUUGGGAAAUGAAAACGUGAGGGUUUCUGGAAGGCCUCCAGGCCCGUUAACAAAAGCUUCCGUGGCGACAGGCGUGGUCAUGGCGACCACUGUGCCGUGAGCACGGGCCUCUGGUCUCAGCUCUGACCGGCGCUGGAAGGGCUGGCGGGUUCGGUCUCCUCCGGUUCGUGCUGUCACCAGUGGGGACAUCUGAGUGCGUCGGGGACAGACAACAAAGGUAGCGUGAGGCACGCACUCCUUUUGAGUUGAACUGCGUGAGCGGAAUAGUGAAGGUUGGGACAUAGGCUUAGGUACCUCGGUCCCACGCCCCCAGUCCGGACAUCUGCUGUGAGUCCCAAGUCAGCACGGAAUCCCCAAGAUGGGCCCCGGGGGCAAACACCACGCAGGGUCUCCACGCGCUCUCCAGGCCAGUGUUCGUAGUGUUCCAUUUCCUGCCUCCGUCUCUGUUAGGAUUUGUUGGAGUUUGCUGGGGUGAGAUGUCCUUAGCGCGGCCGUCCUGCUCCGAGUCACUGCUUUAGCGUUUCGUAAAUCUGUGUCAAAGCACUAUCGAGGGUCCAAGAUGAGUUUCGCUACCUAUUUCGGUCCAUAGGGUGUGGGCUGCCGGUUUUUUUCUAGUUUGUAUAAGUUGUAAUUAAAAGGCGCUUGUAGGCGUUACCCAGAGCUCAGCGGGUAUUUCUACGGGGAAGACUCUUUCCCUCGUACCGGCGAGGGGUUAGGUGUGAACAAGGGGAGACACUGUUGAAACCGCAAAAUCUUCCCAAGCCAGUACUAUGGAUGAAGGCUCCCAAGUUUAUUAAGUUCUUUUUUUUGGCAAGCUCUUCUCUCAAAAAAAAAAGAAAAAAAAAAUUACUGUGACUAAGAAAUAAUUUGCUGAGUACUUCAGUGUGUACCGCUGUAGCAGAAAAGAGCUCUGUACUCCUCUGUCUUGUCACUCACAACCCGCACCAGCGGUAGGAAAGACAUUCUCAACUUCUGAUCGAUACGCAAGCAUUUUCAUAAAAUGCUGACUGGCUUUGCAGAUCAGAGAAACCGCAUGUGAAAUGUUGCCUUUUGUUGUUUUCAUGUGAAAACUAUGACAAGUCACAAAAUAUCUGAGUGGCCCCUUCCUAAUUUUGUUCUUACCUAAAUUUGCUGGAGAAAGGAAAAAACGAAGCUGCAGUAACCACUUAUUGCCCUCUUCAUAUUUUCUUGAAGAAAUCUAUGCAUUUUAAAGAUGAAACUAAAGCGUGUGAUGUUUUGAGAAACAUCUAGGUGGGUUAUUGUUCAUUGACUCAAUUCCCUGCAUAAUGUGCUGUUUUCUUACUCUGAGCACCUUGACAGCUGUCACUUCUUCGAAAAGACAGUCUCCCUCAGAGCAGUCCUUGCUUCUGGCCGUCAGACCGUGUGCGAUAAUUCCACGACACACGUGAUCUGGGCAUUGUAAAUCCAGUAUCCCAGGACUUGAACCUUUAUGCUACGUUUUUGAAGAUUUUUUAAUAAUGUUAAUCAGUAAAAAAAAAUAUUUUUGAUCUAAAUACAGGCUCAGCUUAUCUGUUAGAUUUUGAAAAUUGCCAGUGUUUUGUCUCGUUCGUUUCACGUUUUUGUCUAGGCAAGGAGCGUUAAGAUUUCAAAUAAAAUUUUGAACCAAAAACAUUUAUAAUGCAGUUCUGGUUUUUCUAUUACUUUUUAUACUCUGCCUUCAAAGCGUCAGGCUGAAAGAGUUUAUUUUGGUGGUCAAUAAAGAAAAUAGGCUUCCACUCAUGUAACUAUUUUAAAAGUUUGGAAGUAAAAUAAUGAAAGACACGCAUCGCUCCGUUUAAAAAUGUUGAUCUCACACAGCGAGCAGCCCUCGGUGUGAGACAGGUUGGUCUUUCAUUGUUAGGACUCCGGCUUGUAUAAAGGUAUUCUCGAAAACGUUUUUUUCUGAUUAGAAUUAAUUUUUGAAAAUGUAGAAAUCCCAUUAUUCCUUGUAAGUAUUCAGGCUGCCUUUUUUUACGCAGUUGUGGAAAAGAAUGUAAGAUGUUUUAAUAUAUUCUUUGUUAAUCUGAGAACUUGCUAUUGAAUCAUUUUCUUCGUGUGGGAGAGGGGAAGAGGAAAAACCUAAAACACCUUUUUAUCUAAGUCAGCAAUGGAGGUUACAAAUAGUGUGCAUUUUUUAUAAUAAUAUUUCAACUUUAACAGAUUAUUCACCUUUAAAACUAGUUAUGGCUAGUGUGAAUUUAUUGUUUUAUCAAAAUCUCUAAGAAUUCAACCAUGAUGUCACUUUUGCAUCUGUGGGGGGCAGGUGUGUGGUUCUCGGUUUUCCGUUCUGGAGCAGAUCCGUAACAGCCUUUUAAAAAACACGCUCCAGUUCCUGUCCAUCAGGAGUGGUCUUCCCCACGCACGCACCGCUGGUGCUGACGAGGGGAGAACCUGCACGACCAGAAUAAGAUGUGUCCUUCUGUGGAGGCAGGGGGUGUCUUCCUCUGCAGGCCAGUGGCCGGUCCAGGGGAGGGAGACAGGAGAAUCCUGUGUGUGUGUGUGUGUGUGUGUGUGUCUGUGUACAACCAGAAUCCAGAACCAUAGGAAUUAAAGGCAUUUGAAUUUUCUCACCACAAAAACAAUUAAAUGUCAUGCAUAGCAGGUUUCUUGAUAAAUUGCACUAUUCAUAUUGGGAUAUUACAAGUCCAUUUUGUCGAUUUCUGAUUCCUCAUUGAUGUUUUUUGUAGUAAUUGUGAAAAGUUAUUUAAAUAAUGCUAGUACAUUUAAUAAGUUCUUUAACACUGGCUUUUUUUCUUUUUUUUAAGUUUAAAAAAAAAUAGGGUUUUCUUUUGCGGCUUUAGCACUUUAAGAAGUUUUAUGUUCCCAUCAUGGUUAACGUGCUUGUUCAGCGCUUCUCUGCGUGUUCGCUUCCGCGUGGCGGGGGACACUGGCUGGUCGCGUUUACGUUCCGGAGGCGGGGGCGUGGGUCAGUGUCAGGGUUUUCAGGAAUUCCAGAGACCGUUGUUUGGGAACCAAAGCAUUUUACUGUAAAUCUUGAAAAUAAUUGAACUGAGUGCUCUCUAGUCAUUUAUUAGUGCUGUGGUCAAAUUUUCCACAAAGUUACACUUGGUUAAUGUUAAUUUUCAACUGGGGAUAAUUUCUUAUGGACAUUAAUCCAAUACCUUAAAACUUUUCAUUGAGUAACACUUACUAUUAAACAAAUGUGGUUAUAAACAGAUUGUGUAUAUUUUGUUGUCAGAUGCGUUAGCAGACUAAAUCAUUGUUUGGUUUUAUUUAGGAAUGAGCUUUGGGGAACUGAAAACUCCUGGUCCGAUAGGAUUUCUAUCUAAUGUUAAACCAUUGCUUAUUUGUAUCCAAUUCUGUCGUCCGUUUCCUUUGCUUACAUCUUGAGUACGAAUGAUUGGAGUCAAUAAAUUUGUACUGUAUUUUGUUUGGA